AGGGUUUUGAAUCGAUUCAGAAGAUCCGCCCGCCACACAGAUACAGUAAAUAUGGCUGAACGCGGCAGUGAAUCUGGAGUUGACAUUGUAGUAAAUCAAGCGUCCAAAUCAAGUGAAGCUGAUCUCAGAAGUGUUCUGGUCACGAGUGUUCUGAAUUUAGAGAAGCUCGACACCGACCUGUACAGAGGGACACAUCACUGGGUUCCUCGCACCAAGCGCCUCUUCGGUGGUCAGAUCGUUGGACAGGCUCUUGUAGCUGCGGCCAGUUCUGUCAGUGAUCAUCUCUACGCUCAUUCACUGCACUGCUACUUCGUGAGAGCAGGGGACCCAAAGGUGCCAGUGCUGUACCAGGUGGAAAGGACUCGGGAUGGCCGCAGUUUCUGUGUGCGAUCUGUGAAAGCCAUUCAGCACGGUCAGCCCAUACUGAUCUGCCAGGCGUCGUUUCACAUGCAGCAGCCCAGUCCACUGGAGCAUCAGUUCAACAUGCCCACCGUCCCUCCGCCGGACACACUGCUCACGGUCGAGGAGCUCAUUCAGCGCACCCUCAGUGAUCCAAACCUGGCAGAUAAUACGCGACAGGGUCUAAAUAAAAUACUUGCUGAUGAAGUUCCUAUAGAGAUCAAGCCAGUCAACCCGCCUGAUUUCUACAGACGUGUUGCCAUGGAACCGAAGACGUUAUUCUGGGUGCGAGCGAGAGGGCAUAUAGGAGCUGGUAACAUGAAGCUGCACUGUUGUGUGGCGGCGUACGUGUCGGAUUAUGCUUUCCUGGGGACGGCGCUGCUGCCGUACCCGAAUCACAGGGCACAGUUCUCGGCCUCGCUGGAUCACGCCAUGUGGUUUCACAGCACGUUCAGAGCAGACGAGUGGAUGCUGUACGAGUGUGAAAGCCCGUGGUCAGGAGGCAGCAGAGGCUUCGUCCAGGGCCGUCUGUGGAGACAGGAUGGCGUUCUCGCAGCUUCCUGCGCCCAGGAGGGAGUGAUACGAGUGAAGGCAGUUUCUCAGAGUAAAUUAUAGAGGAUAUACUCUUAAAUAGAAUAGAAUUCUUAAGAUGCCUUAUGAUAGUUGCCAGGCUGACUUUUUUGGUUUAUAAUUUGUCAUAUUACAACAAUGUCAAGAUUGCAGUUGGUCUGCAGAAUAUGGCAAUAAAUAACAGCACUUAUAAACUUAGCUUUUUUUGUCUCUUGUGUUAAAAUAAUUGUCCAUUUAGGUUAACCCUGUUCAAAAAUGUUGAAGACAGUGUUUUCUUAUGAAGUGUAUGAACAAUGAGAUUAUCUUCACUGUUUAAUUAUAAACAAAAAGUCUUCAGUGACAUACUGCAAGUUGUGAAUGUGGGACAUUUUAAAUGUAAAUGAGAACUUGAAUUAUUUAUAAUUUAUUAAUAAACAAAACAAUCUGA